AUGUCUCUCUCGAACCCCUUCAGCUCCUCCUCCAAUGGCUCCGACAUGUCCUCGUCACAGAUAAAGAGUGCCAUAGUACAGCAGCUUCAGAGCGAAAGUGCCAUGAACAAUGCGAAGAUGCUCAUGGAGACCUGCCUUAAGACCUGUAUGGAGAAGUACAUCGCUCUAUGGAACACUCUCUGGGUGUUUGCUGAAAGGAAAGAGAACAAGAGAGGAGAGAUUGUACGAUCAUACUUGGUUGAUGUCAGUGUUGGGCCAUGUUAUUAUUAUCUGGCCUUGCUAUCUGUCAUGGAGAAGACAGAUUUAAUACUCCGCGCAUUAUCACAUCUGGAUACUCCAUACAGAGCAGAUGCAUACAUGGGAUUCAACAUCACCGCCACCGCCCUACCCUCGCCGGCCACCAGCUGGCCAAGUCAACAUGCAAAGACAAAGAAGGAAACAAAAGGCAUAAUCAAAGGAGAUGCACACCACGUAUCGAUAUAUGAUAGGAUAUGGUACGGAAUAUAUAUACCAUGCUAUGGCAUGGACAUCGGCCAGGAGCAGGCAGAUCAGGGAAACGAAAGCAAUGACAAGAAGAAAGAAAUCAUAUGGGGAUAA